AUGGCUCAGUACUAUUCCUUUGAUUUCGAAAGAAAAAUGAGUACUGAAGUAGAAGUUGUUGAUGGAACUGCCUUUACAGAGGCCAUUAAAUCAGUUAGAAAUGAUUCAACAGAUGAUACAUACGCUGUGUUUGGUCAUGAUGGUGAAGAUCCUAAUCGUAUUAAGGUCAUCGCUGUUGGACAGGACACAAAAGAGAUAGCUUCAUACAUGGAUGAUUCUCAAAUACUCUAUACUUUUGCAAGAUUUGUUACUAAAUUUGAUAUGUCCUCCACUGUUAAAUUUGUAUAUAUAAGAUGGGUAGGAGAUAAAGUACCAAUAGCAAGAAGAGGUAAAUAUGGUGUUAUUAAAGGAAGUGUAGAGAAACUAUUUGAUCCAUAUCAUAUUCUGGUAGAAACUAACACUACUGAAGAUUUAGAUACUGAGAAAAUUUUACGCCAGCUAGAUGAUACUGCUGGAAUAAAAUCUAGAGUGCUAGAAAAUGUCGAAGGCAGGCAAGAGAGAGGCUUUACACAAACACAGGUACCACAACGAAACAAUGGACCCAAAUUUGGAGUGAACAACAUAUCUCGUGGAGGAGUAAAGAUAGAUAUAGAUCCUGGUGUUGCAGAGGCAAUACAAGCUGUCAGGAACCAGAAAGAUAAUAUACAAUGGGUCUUGGCAUCUUAUCAAGAUGGCAGCCCCAAAGGUCCAAUCAUAGUAAAGAAUAAAGGGGAGGGAACUGUGGAUGAAUUGAGAGAAAAUCUAGUAGAAGAUGAAGCUAUGUAUGGUUUAUAUCGACUCACUGAUCAUCUAGAUGAUAUCAAAACAGUUAAAUUUGUUUAUAUUGUAUGGUUAGGAACAGAAGUGAAACCAAUGACUAGAGCUAAAGUAUCGACCCAUCGAGGUGCAAUGGAGGAUCUGUUUGGACAAGCUCAUGUACAGAUAUUUGGUAGUGAACUAUCAGAUAUUACUGAAGACAUUGUGAUAGAAAAGGUGACGUCAACAUCUGGUUCCAAAUCACAUGUUAAAGAAUAAACAUACCACCUUUAAGUCAAGCUGAUGGAAAUUUGGAAAAUUUGAUUUCCUUAUUUUUGUUGAAUUUUAGAAUCAAACCAUUCCAAAUUAUUAUUAUUUUUUAUUUUUUUGCUCUUUUUUCAACAUAUCUUAGCUCAAGGCAUGACUUGACAGUUAUUUUUCUGUUUUCAGUUUAUGGGAAUCUACUCAAAUACAACUUAAAACUAGUCAUUGAUCUGAAAAUUCUUCAUUUGAUAUUUAAAUAUGUUUAAUGUUUUUCAUGUGACUUAUUUAUUUUUUUUUGAAAAAGGACUUAUAUUGCUGUAGCCCCUGUCUGUCUGUCCGUUUCUUGUGAACACAAGACUACAGUUUUCAUCCGAUUUUAAUGAAACUUAGUGCGAUCAUUUGUAUUGAUAAGAUCUUAGUCAAGUUCAAAUUUGUUGAUUUUUUUUUUGGUGAAUGGUUUUUGAGUUAUUGCCCUUGGUUAAGGAAAAACACGCCACAAACUUUGUUUGUGAACACAAUAGAGACUACAGUCUUUAACUGAUUUUAAUGAAAUUUGGUGCGAUCAUUUGUAUUGGUAAGAUCUUGGUUGAAUUUGACGAUUUUUAGAGAAAAAUUGGUUUUUUAGUUUUGCCCUUGACCCUGGAGAAAAAGGUCCAAGUUUUUAAUGAAACUUAGUGUAAUCAUUUAUAUUGAUGAGACCUUGGUCAAGUUUGAAUUUUUUUCGAAGAACAGUUUUUGAACUAUUGUUCUUGAUUUAGGAAAAACGCAUCAAAAUUUGAUUCUUACACAAUAGAGAUUACAUAUUUCAACUGAUUUUAAUGAAACUAAAUUCAAACUACAAAAUUCAAUUUAAGAUCUUUAAAAUGAAAAAAAAAAA